GUAGUUGUUGGCCCGAUUUGCUGGUACAGAGUACUGAGCAGUCAGCACCAUGGACAGCGGUCUGUGUCUCGGCAAACGGCCCCCUCCCUGUCUCUCAGACACUGGCAGAGGUUACCGGCAUUCCAGGGGUUAGCAGCCCCUCCUGCUGAUCCCAGCGCAGUGGAGAGACAGGGAGUUGCUGAUUGCCCCCCCCAUGUGUAAUGUGUUAGAGUGUGCAUGUGUGUUUACGUGUGUGUGCAAUGUGUACAUAUGUGUGUCCCCUCCUCUCACACACCUUACCUUCCCUCCUUCCCCAGCUCUCCCUCCCAUCCCCCAGUCUAUGGGAUUCAGCACCAAGGAGAGCAGCAGAACAAUGGCCAAUCCAGGGAGCGUCUACAAACUGUCAGCUUCUGCCCCCCCAGCAGGUGUGCCGGGUCCCAUGCCCCCUACCUACCCCAGCACAGAAGUAGCAGGCAGGGCAGUGCGAGGGCUGGGUGUUAAAUAAAGCCCCCCCCCCAGUAAAGACCCAGUGAAACCAGUUCUCCCGGUACACUGGAUUAACCCUAUGAGAUCUGGCAAGGUCACAAGGGAUGCACCGAUCACCCCCUAUAGUAAUCGACAACUCCCUCCUGCCACUAUAUAUCAUGUGAUCUUCUGCCCUGCUGGGGGCAAUCUACCCAUCCUCAGCGGUGGACUACCACUCACUGCACCCUCAGCCAGCCAGGUCAGUUAGAGUGGCUGCUAUAUGUACAUGAAUAUGCCUCUGCCCCAGUGGGAGUUAUAGUCCACACCAGCUGCUGUGCCUGUGGAUGUGUGAAGGAGAUUGAUGGGAGUUGGGGUAGCUUCGGCAGUCCGCGCCUGCCAUCUGAACCAAUCCCCAGCCCCUGUCGGCUUGUGCGUUUGUGGACUUGCGUGUCACUUUACCCACAGCCCCUCACUCUGACAUCAUCCCUUGUCAGGCUGGGGCGGACUCUCGGCAGAGGAGGGAGGGGGCAGUUGUUGAGAAAGAAAAGAUUUGCCAUCAGACCUCAAGAUCCACUGAAGGGAGAAGCAGCUGUUUCCAGAGGAGGGGGGAAGAGGUCUGGAUCAAUAACCCCCCUCAAAAAAAAAAAAGAACCUGAAGUCUCUGUCCACGGACUGUGGGAUCGAUACUCUAAUUAACUGCCCUGCAAGCUGCAUCACUCCGAGGCAGACGUAGCAGGGGCACUUCUCAGGCUGGCCUGGCACUAAGCAAGCACCCAGAGGCACAACCAGCACCCCGCAGGACUCAGAGCAGUGGGAGUCUGCUCGCUCGUGCCUUCCGUGCCCCUCUCCCCUGUACCCACCUCGCCCCAAUGAAGGAGCCAGAUGCCAUCAAACUUUUCAUCGGGCAGAUUCCCAGGAACCUGGAGGAGAAGGACCUCAAGCCCAUCUUCGAGCAGUUUGGGAAAAUUUAUGAACUUACAGUCAUCAAGGAUAAAUUCACAGGGAUGCACAAAGGAUGUGCGUUUCUCACGUACUGUGCCCGGGAGUCGGCACUAAAAGCCCAGAGUGCCCUCCAUGAGCAGAAGACCCUCCCAGGGAUGAAUCGGCCAAUUCAAGUGAAACCAGCAGACAGUGAAAGCCGAGGAGAGGACCGCAAGCUGUUUGUGGGGAUGUUGGGGAAGCAGCAGACGGACGAGGACGUCCGGAGGAUGUUUGAACCCUUUGGAAAUAUCGAUGAGUGCACGGUGCUCCGGGGCCCCGACGGGACCAGCAAAGGCUGUGCAUUUGUGAAGUUUCAGACACACACCGAGGCGCAGGCUGCCAUAAACACACUGCACGGAAGUCGGACUCUGCCGGGGGCCUCCUCCAGUUUGGUGGUGAAGUUCGCGGACACAGAGAAGGAGCGUGGCUUGCGCCGUAUGCAGCAGGUGGCCAAUCAGCUGGGCAUGUUCAGUCCGAUCGCACUGCAGUUCGGGGCGUACAGCGCGUACACACAGGCAGUAAGUGACCAGCUGAUGCAGCAGCAGGCCGCCCUGGUGGCUGCCCAUAGCGCUUACCUCAACCCCAUGGCAACAAUGGCUGCCGUGCAGAUGCAGCAAAUGGCGACAAUCAACCCUAAUGGGAUCAUAGCCACUCCCAUCACUCCUGUCACUCCCAUCACCUCCUCUUCAGGGACCAGUACCCCCCCAACACUCGCUGCAACCCCAGUACCUGCCAUUACUGCCACACUGGGGGUAAAUGGAUACAGUGCCGUUCCCACUCAGAGCAGCGUACAGCCCAGUUCGGAGGCCAUCUACACGAACGGUCUGCACCCUUACCCAGCCCAGAGUCCGGUGACCCAGCUGGAUCCUCUCCAACAAGCCUACGCCGGCAUGCAGCAUUACACAGCCGCAUACCCAGCAGCGUACGGUUUGGUGAGCCCUGCAUUCACUCAGCCUCAGGCUCUGCUCCCCCAGCAGCCUCCACAGCAACAGCAACAGAGAGAGGGUCCUGAGGGCUGCAACAUCUUCAUCUACCAUCUGCCCCAGGAGUUCACCGACUCCGAGAUCCUGCAGAUGUUUCUGCCCUUUGGAAACGUCAUCUCCGCCAAAGUGUUUGUAGACCGAGCCACCAAUCAGAGCAAGUGCUUUGGAUUCGUAAGCUUUGACAAUCCCGGCAGCGCGCAGGCUGCCAUCCAGGCAAUGAACGGAUUCCAGAUUGGGAUGAAGAGACUGAAAGUGCAACUCAAACGACCAAAAGAUGCCAACCGACCAUACUGAGGAGAUCAGUGGGUGCAUCUGAUUUUGGGGUGCGAGGGGAUCCUGGGUCCAGCCCCUCCCUCCUUUCUCUUUCCGCGCCUCACUACGGACUCCAUUUACUGCUGCUGGACCAAGGAUACCAUAUUUUCAGGGGAAAACUCAAACCACUGAACCUGGUAAUCGCCCAAAUAUUAACCAGCAAAACCUCCACCCACUCUGCGGGGAGGCGGACACAUUCCUGGCACUCAGAGCACAUCCUGCGGGGUGAGGAGCGAGCAGGGCUAAGCGCUAAAAACGCAGGAUUUAUUUUCUACAUGUCGAGCGACUGAUGAAAAACAAAAAAAAAACUAAAAAAAAAAGCAAAGUACGGCGUUUAAAGCAGGAACGGGACUCGUGACUGCGA